AUGACCCGAUUGAAACAUGGCAAAGGGAAUCGGAAACAAAAUUUCCACCAGGACCAAUUUAAAGAACACGAGAAAGCGUCGCCAAUUUCAGCUGACCCGAACGGUGGUGCGGCUCGAAGGGAUGGAGAGGGCGCGAAGGCGGACGUCAUGCCCAAGCGACCGAUGGAGCUGGCCCCGGCGAAUGCGCCGCUAUCUGAGGAUAUCCCAAAUCGGCCGUCAAGGAGGAGCCAAACAUGGAUGUCAUACCCCGCCACCCUUAGCGGUGCGGGCGGUCCUGCGGCCGCCUAUUCCGAUGGUUUCGAGUCGCUCCUAGACGGACUGACGGGCGCUGAGCUGCACACCGCCAAACAAAUCGUCCAGGCCCUUCGCUCUCCAGAGGUGUCCGCCUCGGCUGCUCGGCAGCUCCCCAGCUCACCGCCGCUGCCACCGCCGCAGCAGCAGGGGUAUAUCCCCGUGGAGCCCCCCGUGGAGCCCCAGACCGCCGUGCAGCCGGCCACGGGAUUCACGCGGCCCGACAGGCCACUCUCCCCCUCCUGCACCUGCGGGUCCCCCCUCAGCGCUCGCCAGUCACUCUCCCGACCUUGCAACCCAUCUAGCAGUGGCUUACUGCCGAAGCCCUCGGCAGACGUAGAGACAUCGGAAGUGGCGGAGGCGGCGGAGGCGGACAGUCACGUGACGGAUCGGGACCGAGAUCAGAGUCGCGACCGGGGCAAAGAUCGCGACCUUUCAGACUCCCGGAACUCUCAACGAGGCUGGAAUAGCGACAGGGACCGGGGCUCAUGGGCGGGCGACCCGCGGGUCGGUGGUGAAUGGGACUGGCAGCAGUACAUGCACUGGUCUAAUCAGCCUCACCGGGACUCUGCGGUGGUGGAGGUAGAUGUGGCCCGGUCGUUAUGGGCCUUUACGCGGGACCACAGCGAGGAGCAGCGGGAGGCGCGGAGGCGGCAACUGAAGCGGCUGCUAAACGCGGUGGUGGCGGCGCAUGAAGGUGAUGUGUUCUACUACCAGGGCCUCCACGACGUGGCCAGUGUACUGCUCAUGUCCAUGCCGGGAGCGCCGCCGCAACUGCCCUCCCUGGAGAACCCACCGCCGCCUUCGCUGAUACCGCCGGAAGAGCAGCAGCAGAGGGAGCAGCAGAUCAUGAGCUGCCACAUGGAUUCGGAGACAACGGCCGCAACCGCAUGCCGUACGACGGUGCCGUCGCGUCCUGCGGAUACCGAUACCGCCAACCUGACGUCCUUGAUAGCAGUCCCUGAUCUCGAUCCCGACGCUGUCAACGCCGACGCCGCUCGCGGGGAGCUCCUGGCAUUUGGGCUGCUUCGCCGCCUGGUCACCACACACUUGCGCGACGCUACACGACCGUCCCUGGAGCCUGUCGUACAGCUGCUGGGCCUGGUGCCGUACCUGGUUCGUGCUGCUGACCCAGUGCUGGCCCGCCGUAUGGGCGAACUUGGCCUGCAGCCUUUUUUUGCGCUGUCGUGGUUUCUAACUUGGUGGGCACACGAGCUCGACCAGCUGGCACACGCGGCUCGGCUGUACGACUUUUUCAUUGCCAGCCACCCGCUGAUGCCGCUGUACCUGGGGGCCGUGGCGAUGCGUAGUCAGCGGGCCGCGCUCCUGGCCUGUGAAGAGAUGCCUGAGCUGCACUCCGCCCUAACGAAUUUGAAGUUGGUGAUGGUGGCCGCAUCUGGCAGCAGUCGCGGCGGCGGCGACGGCGGCAACGGCAGUGGAUAUGAAGGGCGAGGCAGGGGAAGAGGCACCAGCGGCGGUGGCGGGAGAGGGAGGGUGGCGCUGGAGAUCCUGCUGCGCCAGACUGAACAGCUAUGGCGCGCUAAGCCACCGCACGGUCGGCCUGCCUUGUGGCGGGUCCCCGCUGAGGCCCCGGUGGACUGGGCGGACGGUACGUUGGGGACCGCAGAGUACGGGGGAUUCCGGUCGGGUCUGGGUCGCAUCCUGAGCCUGGGCGCCAGAUCGCGUGCGGCGCUGCUGUCGACGGCGCUGCUGGCAGGGGUGUAUGUUGCGGCGGCAAUGGCGAUCGGAUACGCCACGUUUUCGCGUUCAACAGCACUGGAGAGCGGACAGAUGUGA